AUGCCGCAGCAAAUCUCCGCAGGCGCUUCCUCCGUGGCUCAGAGCCCAGGUGGCUGGGAUGCCGCCUCCAGCUGUGGCAAAGGGGGCUGUGGCUCUUGUGGGAGCUCCAAGGGGGGCUGUGGCUCUUGUGGGGGUUCCAAAGGGGGCUGUGGCUCUUGUGGGGGCUGCAAGGGGGGCUGUGGCUCCUGUGGGGGCUCCAAGGGGGGCUGCGGCUCCAGCUGUGGAGGCUGCGGCUCCAGCUGUGGGGGCUGUGGCUCCAGCUGUGGAGGCUGCGGCUCCAGCUGUGGGGGCUGUGGCUCCAGCUGUGGAGGCUGCGGCUCCAGCUGUGGGGGCUGUGGCUCCAGCUGUGGAGGCUGCGGCUCCAGCUGUGGGGGCUGUGGCUCCAGCUGUGGAGGCUGCGGCUCCAGCUGUGGGGGCUGUGGCUCCAGCUGUGGAGGCUGCGGCUCCAGCUGUGGGGGCUGUGGCUCCAGCUGUGGAGGCUGCGGCUCCAGCUGUGGGGGUUGUGGUUCCAGCUGUGGCGGUUGUGGUUCCAGUUGCUGUGUGCCUGUCUGCUGCUGCAAGCCUGUGUGCUGCUGUGUGCCAGCCUGUUCCUGCUCCAGCUGUGGCAAAGGGGGCUGUGGCUCUUGUGGUGGCUCCAAAGGGGGCUAUGGCUCUUGUGGGGGCUCUAAGGGAGGUUGUGGCUCUUGUGGAGGUUACAAGGGGGGCUGUGGUUCCUGUGGGGGUUGUAGCUCCUGUGGUUGCUCCCAGUCCAGCUGCUGUGUCCCCGUGUGCUCCCAGUCCAGCUGCUGCAAGCCCUGCUGCUCCCAGUCCAGCUGCUGUGUCCCCGUGUGCUCCCAGUCCAGCUGCUGCAAGCCCUGCUGCUCUCAGUCCAGCUGCUGCAAGCCCUGCUGCUCUCAGUCCAGCUGCUGCAAGCCCUGCUGCUCCCAGUCCAGCUGCUGUGUCCCUGUAUGCUGCCAGUGUAAGAUCUGA